GAUUUACAAAUCAUUAGCACACAAUCAACAACACAUUAGACAAAUUGCUAAAUUAGCUGCUGUUUUUGCAUCAGACAAAAAAAAGGCAACAAAACUUUGUUUUAUUCGGGAGGGAGACCCAAAUCCCGUGAUCCGACUGGAAUCUGAUUAAGGAUUGUGGAUUGUGGAUAGCUGCCGGGGAUAGACGAAAAUGCUCAGCCCCUGACGACUACGAAUGCAAUCAUGAAUUCCUACUUUGAUUCGGCCAUCGAAUACAAUCGAACGAACACCAUUAACCUGGCGCACUCCAACGAUCAAUCGCAGAGCUUCUCCAAUGAAAAGAACUGGGAAUGGUCGUAUCUGGUGCGCAAAUGCCGCAACCUGGAGCUGGAGGAGUCGUACGACCUGUACAUGCGUCGCCUGCGGGUGGGCUACCUCUCGCUGUUCAUCUUCAUCCAGCUGCAGGUCACCAUCACGCACACCCUGCUGCUGCUGACGACGCCGGACAUAACCUUCGUGUACGUGGAUAUGGCCGCCUACAUAGCUUCCGGCGUGGUCAUCUGGCUAAUCCUCUCGGUUAACUUCCGCAGCGAGCUGGUCAGCAAGCACGGCUGGGUGGUGUACGUCUCCUCCUGGCUGGCCGUUUGCGUGAUGGUGCUGAUGGACAUCGGCCUGAAUGUGUACCAUGCUACCAGCCACAACUUCAUCCUGAAUCCCAUCUACGACGCCUACACCCUGUACGCCAUCUACAUGUUCAUGCCGGUGCCGUAUCUGCUGCAGCCGUUCGUGCUCGGAUCCGCCGUCACCCUGUGCUACAUCAUCAACUACAUAUUCGUGAUCACCUCCAAGGAGGACAACCAGAUGCAUAGCAUUCUCAACGAAGCCAUUUACCUGAGUUGCGUCAACCUGCUGGGCAUCUUCUUCCGCCUCAUGCGGGACAUCGCGUUGCGCACCACAUUCCUCGACCGGCGGCAGUACGUGGAGGAGAAUCUCCUCUUGCGCUACGCUCGCGACCAAGAACGGAGCCUACUGCUCAGCAUCCUGCCUAACCAGAUCGCCGAUCGUCUGCAGGAGGAUGUCAAGAACCGCAUCGAACGCUCCAAGCAGCAGCACCAGCAGCGAUCUCACGUAGAUACGCAGCGGACUACUGACAGUCAGAACCUCAAGCGAUGGCGACAGCCGGAUCACGGAACCCUCUUCAUUGAACCCCAUGAAGACGUCACUGUUCUGUAUGCGGAUGUGGUCAACUACACCCACCUGACCACCACUCUGGAUGUGAAGAAGCUGGUGGAGGCGCUGCACGACCUCUUCGUGCGCUUCGACAUUGCCAGCGAGGAGUACAAUGUGCUGAGGAUCAAGUUCCUGGGGGACUGCUACUACUGCGUGGCAGGGCUGGUCAGUCCCAAUGCGGAUCAUGCCAAGUGCUGUGUGGACCUGGGCCUGCGCAUGAUCAAGGAUAUACGCGACGUCAGAGAGAAGCGGCACCUCAACAUCGACAUGCGCAUCGGCGUGCACUCUGGCGACGUGCUGUCGGGGGUGAUUGGAGCCGCAAAAUGGCAGUUCGACAUUUGGUCCAAGGACGUGGACAUUGCCAACAGAUUGGAGGCUACUGGGGCCACGGGUCGCGUGCAUGUCAGUCAGAAGACGCUGUCUCUGCUGGACGGCGAGUAUUUCUUCGAGGACGGAACGGAGAAGGCUCGCGAGGAUCCCGUGCUGCAGAAGCAUGGCAUUCGCUCCUUCCUGAUCAAGUCACUGCGCGCCCCCAUGCACGAUCCGAGACGCGUGCAGCGCGAGCGCCAGGCCAAGAAGCUGAGCGAGGCCAACAAGUCGAACUUCAUGCACAACUCCACCCUGCACCAGUACAACCAGGUGCGCAACCAGGCCAAGCUGGAGAUGUGUCGCGAGCUGGACAAGAUGCCCAUCGGUCGGAUAAAGCUCACCAAAGUGUUUCGGCGCAGCACUCGUCUCACCCAGGACGAGAUUGAGGAGGAGACCUUCCGCCGCAACAUCAGCUCGUUCUGUCUGUUCUUUCGCACCCGCAAUUGGGAGAUGCAGUACAUGCGGGAGCCGGAUGUGAUGCUCAAGUACAGCAUUGCUCUCGCCUGGGUGAUUUACAUGGGACUCCUGACCAUCCAACUGUUGAGCAAGGAUGCGAGAUACCAUUACUGGUACAUCGAUGGCACUACCAUUAUCCUGCUCACCAUGCUGCUGAUCGUCUCCUGGUACAAGAAGCUCUGGAUAAUGUACAUGUCCGACGCAGAGGUGUCCGUCCCCACGAGUCGCCUCAGUGGCUGCCUCUUCAACAUGUCGGAUGUGAUGCAGCGCAACUUAUUCCUCCGCAUCCUUAUCUACUUCCUCAUCAUUUUAUCCUACUGCGCUGUGGCCACCAUGCAAGUGCUGGGCUGCAGCAAAGACGAGGACUACGAGGAUAGCGAUCCCACCGUAGAAGAUCGGCUUUUCUGCUUUCAUCCCUGGAUCCUCACCAACUGCAUGACACUGGUUAUUGGCAUGUCCUUUCUGUUCACACGGAUUCCAUUCAUCAUCAAGGUCUGCCUCUCCACCAUCAUUACGAUAGUUUAUGCAGCGCUGGUGAUAUUUGAGUUCAACCACAUCUACGCGAACAGCCCGUCCACCAAUGUCAACUUCAACGCCAAGUACUCGCACAUUCUGCUAAUGAUCAUCACGCUGGGCAUCUUCCACUUGAUGGAGCGACAAACGGAGUUCAUAGCGAAGGUGGACUACAACUGGAAGCGACAGCUGAUGAAGAAGCAGGAGGAUGCCCUGAUCACCAACGACACCAUCAAAGUGCUGCUAACCAACAUAUUGCCGUCGCACGUGGCUGACUUCUAUUUGUCGACGCAGCUGCAGAACCAGCUCUACUACGAGGAGUACGAUAACGUGGCCGUGAUGUUUGCCUCCAUCAAGAACUUUGACACGGACAAGAUAGGACUACGGGUACUGAACGAGAUCAUCUGCGACUUUGAUGAUGUGCUAAACAAAUAUGCGCAGUGCCUGCGCGUGGAGAAGAUCAAGGUGGCCAACUGGACAUACAUGGCUGCCUGUGGCUUGGACGUGUCCCGCUCCGAACAGGUUAACGCCCCGCAGAUGAAGUUCCGCAACGCCUCGCUGAUGCCCAAUGGUCGUCGCAGUCGCUACGACGGGGGGCGCACCUCCGACUCCGACGGAAUCCACCGCGUCCCCUACGGCAAUGGCAGCAAUAUUGCCCUGGACUUGGACCUGGAACGGGGGCAGUACGAGGGCAAUGUGAUAACUAGUGCCCCGCGCACUAGCAACGUUGGACAGCAAGUCGGCAACAGUAGCAAUGAGGUGGUCCUGGUAAUGGCACGGUUUGCCCUGGAUCUGAUGCGGGCCAUGCGCCGCUUCAAUGCCGAAAACAUGCAGACAGAGUACGAGGGCAGCACCGACUACGGCAUGCUGAGGAUCGGCAUCUCACACGGCCGGGCUAUGGCCGGGGUGGUGGGAAUAUCGAAACCACACUACGACAUAUGGGGCGACCCGGUCAACAUGGCCUCGCGCAUGGACUCCACGGGGGUGCCUGGCCAGAUCCAGGUCACCGAGAACACGGCCAUCAAGCUGCGGGAGUUCAACAUACAGUGCAACUAUCGGGGCAUGACUUUCGUCAAGGGGCGUGGCAACAUUCCCACCUACAUAAUAGGCACCGACAGCGAAUACGAGUUCCUGCCCCAUCGUCCAUCGAGCCCCAACACAAAGAAGACUAGCUGAAUUUAAUAGAUAUUCGAUUUUAAGCUUCCAUGUAUAUAAAUACUUACAUUAUAAUACCCAAAAUAAACUAAAUAAAUUUGACAAGGACUCCAUUAAAA